UCUUUUUAGACUGAGGAGGAUGACGGAGCCGCGGUGCUGAGGAGCCGAUCCGCCCAGUGAGCGGGGCGCUCUCCACCACCGGUCUUUACCAUGCUUCACCGCAGAGGGGAAGGAAGCAGACCCUGCUCACAGAGGGACUCCGUACGGACUACAGAGGCUGCGCCCACUCCUCCAAGGACUCACAGCAUUUGUAUGGUCUCUGACUUUUUUUACCCAAACACGGGUGGGGUGGAAAGUCACAUUUAUCAGCUCUCACAGUGCCUGAUCAAUAGAGGACACAAGGUUAUAAUUGUCACCCAUGCUUAUGGGGACAGAAAAGGAAUCCGCUACCUCACCAAUGGUCUGAAGGUGUAUUACUUACCUUUAAAAGUCAUGUAUAACCAGUCUACAGCGACUACGUUGUUGCACAGCCUACCUCUCCUCAGGUAUAUAUUUGUAAGGGAACAAGUCUCUGUUGUCCAUUCACACAGCUCUUUUUCUGCUAUGGCCCACGAUGCCCUCUUUCACGCCAAGACUUUGGGACUCUAUACGGUCUUUACAGACCAUUCUCUCUUUGGAUUUGCAGACGUGAGCUCCGUCCUCACCAACAAACUUCUUACAGUGUCUCUGUGUGAUACAAACCACAUCAUCUGCGUGUCGUACACCAGCAAAGAAAACACUGUGCUCCGAGCAGCUCUGGACCCGGAGAUUGUCUCUGUGAUUCCAAAUGCCGUCGACCCCACAGACUUCACUCCAGACCUAGAGAAAGAGAGAGGUCCUAAAAUCACCAUUGUCGUGGUCAGCAGACUCGUUUACAGAAAAGGCGUGGAUCUGCUCGGCGGUAUCAUUCCCGAAAUGUGUCAGAAAUACCCUGAACUGCACUUCCUCAUCGGAGGAGAAGGACCCAAGAGAAUCAUUUUAGAAGAAGUAAGAGAAAGAUACCAGCUCCAUGACAGAGUCCGGCUCCUAGGUGCCCUAGAACAUCACGAGGUGAGGAACGUCCUGGUUGAAGGAGAGAUCUUCCUGAAUACAUCCCUCACUGAGGCCUUCUGCAUGGCAAUUGUGGAGGCAGCUAGCUGUGGACUACAGGUGGUGACCACUAGAGUGGGAGGGAUCCCUGAAGUUCUUCCUGACAAUUUCAUUAUCCUGUGUGAGCCCUCUGUGAAGUCUCUGUGCGCUGGUUUAGAGAAAGCUAUCGACAAGUUACGGACAGGAACGUUACCGAGCCCCGAAACUAUUCACAAUACUGUUAAACCUUUUUAUACGUGGAGGAAUGUUGCCGAGAGAACUGAAAGGGUAUACGAUCGUGUUGCUAAAGAGACUGUUUUACCAAUGAGCGAAAGGCUCGAGCGGCUGGUAAACCAUUGUGGUGUUGUCACGGGCUCAAUCUUUGCCCUCUUUGCAGUAAUUAGUUUCUUAUUUCUAGUUUUUCUACGAUGGACAACCCCAGACUACUUGAUUGACAUUGCUGUGGAUGCUACAGGUCCUAAAACAGCUUGGUCUCGACUAUACUGCACUGAAAAACCCAGGAAAAAAGGGAAAACUCCUCAUGGAAACACCACUGAUGGUCCUGGAGAGUCUCCUGGGAGAUAACCUGUAUUACUCUAUUUUUAUUACAUCUUUUUUACUAUUUUUCAAGGAUCAAUGCUGCCUACACCUUUCUAAUUAGUGUACAUGUCAUGUCUUCUUUUGCACAUUUGACUUCAAGCACUCCAAACCUCCUGUCUGAGAUUGUCUUGUACAGUCAUGGCUAAAAGUUUUGAGACUGACACAAACUUUGGUUUUCACAACAUUUACUGCUUCUGUGUUUUUGGGUCUUUUUGUCAGAUGUUUAUAUUGUAUACUGAAGUACAGUAUAAUAACUUUUUUAGCUUUUAUUGACAAAUCCAUCAAGUUUAUGGAAAGACUCAAUAUUUCCAGUGUUGACCCUUCUUUUUCAAAACUUCUGCAGUUCGCCCUGGCCUGCUGGAUAUCAGCUUCUUGGCCAAAUCCUGACUGAAGACAACCCAUUCUUGCCUAAUCAGUCCUUGGAGUAUAUCAAAGUUUCUAUGGUUUUUUUUGUUUGUCCACCCUCUUUUUUUGAAGAUUGACCACAUGUUCUCAAUGGGAUUGAGACUUGAGGAGUUUUUUGACCAUAGUCCCAAAAUGUAAAAGUUUUGUUUACCGAGCCACUUGGCUCUCAGUUUUGCCUUGUGACAUGGUGCUCCAUCAUGCUGGAAAAAGCAUUUUUCACCAAAUUGCCUCCUGGAUCGUUGCUCUUGGAGGAUGUAUUGAUCCCAUUCUUUAUUUGAGCCAGUGUUUUUAAGCAAAAUUGAGAAUGAGCCCACUCACUAGGAUGAGAAUGGUCUCAGGAUGCUUUACUCUUGGCAUGACACAGGACUCAUGGAAGCACUCACCUUGUCUUCUCCGGGCAAUCAUUUUUCCAGAUGUCCCAAAUAGGGCUGAAACGAUUACUCGAUUGAAUCGAGUAAUUCUACACAAAAAAAUCCUCAAUGCAAAUUUUUUGCAUCGAGUAUUCGUUUGUGUCAUGUGACCACGGAGCGGGAGUGAAUCGCUUGCUAUUACUUACCGCUCCGUGGUCACCUGUCGGCCCGUACCGCGCUGCACUUUCAGCCCUGACACAUUGUCAGGACAUAGUGCACGCAUACGUGCACUAUGACCCGACGCUCUGUGACGUCAGGA